UCUCACUCUCUUUCUGUGCUCUCAUUCCUUUGUGCUCUCGUUCUUUUUUUAACCUUUCCCUCCCUCCGUCCCUCUCACGUUCUCACACACUCUCGCCCUCCCUCUCUCUCUCUCUCUCUCUCCCUCCUCGGUGUGCAUACGUGCGUGUGUGGACCUUUUGGAAAACAGACGCCCAUGUGAGCAGCAGCAGCAGCGGAGCCAGGCAGGCAGGCAGGCAGGCAGCGGCUGAAGCAGGAGCUGAAAAGAGAAAAGAGCGGAGAAAGGAGGAGAAAAGGAGAGAAGAAGUGAGGGAGUCGUACCACCAUUCGCUCGGAGCAGCGGCGGCAGGGACAGGCAUGUGAGAAGAUGUCCGUGGGAGGCUGCGCGUGUCCGGGCUGUUCCUCCAAGUCAUUCAAGCUGUACUCCCCAAAGGAGCCCCCCAACGGUAGCGCCUUUCCCCCCUUCCAUCCCGGCACCAUGCUGGACAGAGACGUGGGCCCAACGCCCAUGUACCCACCAACAUACCUAGAGCCUGGGAUAGGGAGGCACACGCCGUAUGGGAACCAGACAGACUACAGGAUAUUUGAGCUCAACAAACGGCUACAGAACUGGACAGAGGAGUGUGAUAACCUGUGGUGGGAUGCCUUCACCACAGAGUUUUUUGAAGAUGAUGCCAUGCUGACAAUCACCUUCUGUCUAGAAGACGGCCCCAAGCGAUACACAAUUGGCCGGACAUUGAUUCCUCGUUAUUUCCGCAGUAUAUUUGAAGGAGGUGCUACUGAGCUCUACUAUGUGCUAAAACACCCUAAAGAGUCCUUCCACAAUAACUUUGUCUCUUUGGACUGUGACCAGUGUACGAUGGUCACUCAGAAUGGCAAGCCUAUGUUCACACAGGUCUGUGUGGAGGGGCGUUUGUACCUGGAAUUCAUGUUUGAUGACAUGAUGAGGAUAAAGACGUGGCACUUCAGCAUAAGGCAGCACAGAGAGCUCAUCCCCCGCAGCAUCCUGGCUAUGCAUGCCCAGGACCCGCAGAUGGUGGACCAGCUGUCUAAGAACAUCACAAGAUGCGGCCUCUCCAACUCCACUCUAAACUACCUCCGACUGUGUGUGAUAUUGGAGCCAAUGCAGGAGCUCAUGUCCAGGCAUAAGACGUACAGCCUGAGCCCCAGGGACUGUCUAAAGACGUGCCUGUUCCAGAAGUGGCAGAGGAUGGUAGCUCCACCAGCGGAACCAGCGCGACAGGCACCCAACAAGCGGCGGAAGCGUAAGAUCUCAGGCGGAAGCACCAUGAGUGCAGGAGGAGGCACCACCAACAACAACAACAGCAAGAAGAAAAGCCCUGCUGGCAGCUUCCCUCUCUCUAGCCAAGUACCUGACGUGAUGGUUGUGGGUGAGCCCACUCUGAUGGGAGGGGAGUUUGGCGAUGAAGAUGAGCGCCUGAUCACACGGCUCGAGAACACACAGUUUGAUGCGGCCAAUGGCAUCGACGACGAGGACAGCUUCAACAACUCUCCCGCGCUGGGUGCCAACAGCCCCUGGAACAACAAGGCUCCGUCCAGUCAGGAGAGUAAGAGCGACAACCCCACCUCGCAAGCCUCUCAGUGAGACUCAGGGCGGGAGGGGUGGGAAAGUGAAGGGGGGGUGGGUUCACGGAGGAGGUGGGGCGUAAGGAGGUGGCAGCGAGGUUGCGGAAGACUGACUCACUCAUGUACACACAAGAACCACAUACACAAAAAACGGCGGCCAUCCAUUUCGCCCCGUCUCAGCGCCCUGGAGGAAUGAGCGAGAUGGAGACUGAGGGCCAGAGGAAUGAAAGCUGGGACGUUUAAAUGUGAAUGAAGCAGAUAAUCGUAUUGGGUUUUAAUAUUAAUACAGUAGCCGUGAAGUUGUUGGCGUUUUAUGGUCCGAGAGCUUCUCCAAGGAAGGUGUAGAUAGUUCAUAUUGUUUAAGUUAAGGAAGGAGUUGGUUGUUUCAUCCUCAGAGGAGAAGACCAACAUAUAAAACGCCAGCAAAGCGUACACAUACACGCUCUCAAACUGGCAAAAGGUGAAGGCUGAUAUCUGCCUGCUCUGAAACCCAACCCAUUCUGGAGCAGGAGCGGGAAUACUUUCAUUCAAACCAUUCCCUGCUGUUAGGGGAAUAUUUGGACUAAUGUCGCAACACAUGAAACCCAGUACACCACCACCGCCACCACGCUGUAGAACAGCCCGGAAAUGGUCGAGGUUUUAAAAAGGGGGAGAUGGAGAGCAUUUAAAAACGAAGCAUUUUGGAAAAUUUUAUCUGCAUUUUAUACCAGCCUCUAUUUCCCUAGAAUGUUUUUAUUUGAUUUUUUUUUUACCGACAUUGAAAGCUACAGACCAAGGAGCUACGAGGACUUUAAAGGUCCUUAAAAUCUCAACCCUCAAAUUAUAUUGGUUUGUAUUAUUUUUAAAAAAGAGAGUAAUUUAGUGUGGGCUUUUGUUUCAUUUUGUGUACUUGUGCUUGUAUAUUUAAGGUAGUAGCAAAGUUCUGUAUAACUGUAUGGAAAUGUAUUCUUCCUUAGCAUUACCUAAAGCCAUUCUGAUCCGAUGUGUAAAAAAAGAAAAAAAAGUGAAAAGAAAAAAACACAGACCUGUCUUCUUUUCCCCCUGCUCUCCCCUAAUUUUAUGAACUUGUGUAAUUGAUUGAUUCAGAAAAGGGCACCGUCACGCCGGAUUGAUCUGUGUGUCCAUGGUCUGAGUGUAUGCUGUACAUGAAGGCCAACCAAAAGCGUAAAAAUGAUGGUAUCAGCCAUUAUGUGACAAUGAGGAUUUCAAGGCCUGUACGAGCAAAUUAGAUAGCAUCGCUCCACUAUGUAUAUUAGCCAAUGUGAUUUAUUGAUCCAUUGUCUCUGUCUUCAGGUCGUUCUGUCAAAUAACCUGUACGAACAGGUUAUUUUGUUAAGUGCAUGUCAGCAUAGACAAGUCCUUAACUUGUGUGGACCAUGUUUCAGUUACCAUGUGGAGACAGAAAUCUAAGUCUACCUAUUCAUUAAAUCCAUUGGUCAUUUUUGUAUUCUUUUUUUAAUUGGUACCCUGCCCAGUUUAAAUCAUUUCCAUUAAAAUUGUGAGAUUUCUGCCAGCCCUGCACUUGUAAUUGAAACUAAAUGGUGAUCUGUCCCUCUUCUAACCCAGUAGACACCCCUUCUUUGAUAUAUCUAUUUUUUUCUUAGUUUCUGCCCUUGACUAAAUUAAUGUAUGUACCAAUAAAAUAUGAAUUUUCACUUUAAACGAGA